GUUUUCCAUUCUACUUCUGUUGGGUGUUGGAGUGGGGAUUAUUAGUGGAGUGUUUCUAGGGUUUAUGCUUCUUUCAUAUCUAUAAUUAACAAUUAGUUAUUUCACUUUAACUUGUGGCUUGUUUUUGUUUGUCUUAGUGUGUUUUUUUGGGGUUUAUAAGUUUGACCUCAGGUUGAUGUUGGAAUUGGAACUAUUGAAGUAUGACAAGUUGAAAUUAUCACUUCUCUUACUGAAUUGCCUAUGUUCUUUUAUGAUAUUUUGGUUCGUUGUUCAUAAACCUUAAACUCACUCUAAAUGUUUUUAUUGUGAAGACCAUAAAAGUUCAUCAAUGAAAUUUAUCAUUGUCGUCCGAGGACGUAGGCAAGAUUGUCCGAACCAUAAAGUGUGUUACUUCACUCAAUAUAUUUCUCGAGAGGACCAAAUGAAGCUUCCCUUUGCAAAUACUAAGUUUGUCGCUCUGCUCAUCAUUUUGACAUUUCUGCUUACCUCGGUGAUUGCCAAAGGAGGCGGUGGUGGUGGUGGUCAUGGCCAUCGCAGAAGAGAAGGUGGAGGAAGGACUAGGAGUACCUGUCCUGCUUGUGCAAUCCUGCCCGGAGGAGGCCGUCACGGCCGCAGUGCAUCUACUGCUUCCCAUCCAUUGCUCAUCUCCAGCAUGUGUUUGAGAUCACUUGUAUUGUUGCUUCAUGCCAUACUUCAUAUUUGAUCUCUGUUACUAGAUGAUGAAACUGCUUUGGUAGACAUAGGCUUUAGGCUUCAAGUUAUGGGCCUCUAUUUGCUAUACUAGUGUUGGGCCAGUCAUGUAUUGAUCUUGACAAUUUUGGUGCGUAAUUGGCUUAUGCGGCUGCUGUGUUAGAUGAUUGUGUAUAAAUAUCAAAUAUCCUCUGGUGGUUUUGA